AUGUCACUGGAGCUCACACGGCUCGCAGGCCUCGCCACGUCCGACUUGUGGACGUGGCUACGCUUACGACUCGCCAUCUUCACGCGCGUCGGCGCCAAGGCGGCGCACAAGACGUCUCGUCUAGCAGCUGAUGUACGCGGCCAUGUCGAAGAGCAAAAUCCGUACGCAGUGGGUGGUGUGGCCACACUUGUAGCUGUCGCGCUGUUGCUCGGCGUACUGUUCAUGUGGGUUGCGUCUCGCCAAGUGCGACCGCGUAAGACGCAGCCCAAGGCCGAGAAGCCUCCGUCGCCUACAUCAAAGCGUCUGCGUCACAGCUCGAGACAUUCCAAGUCCUUCUCCGACCUGCUACAAGCUGAACGUGAGCGUAUGCAGGAUAACCGCCAACUAGAACUAGAAGACCAUAUCACGUUCCCUAGAGAAUUACGUCAGAACUACGGGCCAGAGAACCUCAAGUUUAUCUACGAUACACUAUCCAAAGUCUUCUCCUUCCUACGCGGCGAAUUUGUCGAGCCUCUAGCUCGAGAUCUGCGUAUCUUACGCUUCUCCAAAGGCGAGACGAUCUUCGAGAAGGGGCAACUCGAUGGCUCCAUCCUCAUGAUCGUCAACGGGUCAGCGUCCCUUACAAUCCACGGAGACAACGAAGAGCAGAGUUUCUCCAAGUUAUUAGGACGUGGUGACACCCUCACGUCAUCUUUACCUUUACUUACCGUCCUAGUAAACGAGCUACACGACGGAGAAUGCAGCGACCUCGUGAAGAAAGUAUGCGGGAAUUUAUCUGCACGCGCACAAGAGGACGGUACGCGGCUGUUUAAAAUCCCGACGUUAGCGAUCAAAAAGGUGCUGGAAAAAUACCCCGAAGCGCUCUACCGACUGUCCCAAGCAGCUUUAAUCCAAGUGGAGAAGAUCACGUCCAAGUCUCUGAUCGAUCACUUCGGGUUAUCAUCCGAGAUCAUCAACGUGGCUCCACUAUUGACACAAGAGACGGAGAACGCGUCGGUCAACGAGAUCGUGGACAAUGUGGCAGAUUCUAUUGGGUUAUAUGACGCAGAGUUACGUUCGACAUUCGCUAGUUGCGCGAAGAUUAUUAAACGCACUAAGAAGCAGACGAUCCGUGAAGCUGGCGACAGUACGAGUGCGUUGGGUGUUCAUGUUGUACUGUCCGGAGCGGUUAGUGUUCAGGUCGCUCUAACGCCGCAGAAGUAUGCAGAGCUGUACAAGGCUACAAAAGGCUGUGAAGUGGGGAUCGCGACGUGCUUUGUGGGCUCGCAUUACGUCGGUACACGCCAUGUUUGUCUUGAAGACACGACGCUGUUGUGGAUCCCUGACGCUCUCUUCUGCAGCCUAUUGCAGAUGAAUUCUGUGGCUGUGAAAUGCACACGACACUUGCUGGCACAGUACUCGGAGCUGGUGUGUAUGGCCGACACGUCGUUCGAUUGGCUGCAUCUUCACAGUGGCGAAAGUCUGUUUGAUCGUGGAGAUCUGUGCGAUUCAGUGUUCACGGUUAUUAGUGGUCGACUUCGAGCUGUUCAGGUGCAUUCGCAUCGUGGCAAGGAAGUGGAAACGAGUAAUGAACUCGUGCGUGGAGCCACGCUUGGUGCGAUGGACAUGCUGUCAGCUGGACCCAGUAACUCAUCGGUGUUCGCGAUCCGUGACUCGCAGAUCUCGCAGAUGUCGCGUAAUGUGUUCGACUAUGUGGUGAGUAAAUACCCGUCCGUGCUAAUUCAUUUCACGAAGAACUUGGCUCGUCGAAUGCCAACUCCUCGUGUGGAAUCACAGAAGACUGAUGUGACUGGCGCAAAGUCUCGCAGUAACUAUCUGCUGUCUCUGGGCUCCAGUGCGACAACUACUGAUGGUCAGAAGACAGGCAGCAAUCUGCCACUGGGUACUAUUGCUGUUCUCUCGCUGACGAAGAUGACGAAGAUCCAGACGUUCUGUUCGCACUUGGAGAUGUCGCUGAAGACGCUAGCAGAAGUGGAAACCGUGUCGUCGCAGAAAGCCAAGGCGUUUCUAGGAGAGCAGUGGAUCAGUAAUUCUCGUGUGGCCAGAGCUAAUCUCUCGACCUGGAUGGGAGAUAUUGAGAGUACCAACGAGUUGGUAAUCUACGAGGCUGAUCAGCAAUUAACAGCGUGGACGAAGCUCUGUUUACGUCAAGCAGAUCACAUCUUACUGCUCUGCUCGGACACACAUCCUCAACAAGCGUUUGUGAGCGACAUGGUGUCGAUUUUGGAGGAUGCAUGGGACAAGAGAGACGCCGAGAUCAGUGUCGUUCGUAUCCGUGAAAAGGACUGGACGCUGACGGCUAUCGACGCUGCUGCGAAGCUGGAGGCGAAGGGAUCAUCACGUUCCUAUGCGUUAAAGAAGAGAUUGAGACUGCAGAUGGACAGUCCGUUGCUGCCGCGUUUCAUCCUCCCGAUGGAGAAAUACGAGUGGAUCAGUGGCUUCCACAACGUCCAAGUUCCGUUUGAAGACCAUCGCUCGGAUUUCAUGCGUCUAAGUCGUCGAAUCACUGGAAAUGCCGUCGGUUUAGUGCUCGGAGGCGGUGGAGCGAGAGGUUUAGCACACAUUGGUGUACUCCGCGCACUUGAGGAGUGUGGUAUCCAUGUAGAUGUCGUUGGUGGUACCAGUAUCGGCGCGUUUAUUGGCGGGAUAUACGCGAUGCAUCCGAACAAUUUAGACCUCGUGGAGUCGAAAGUGCAGCAGUUAUCGGCAGGUCUUAGCAGUAUCUUCGAGAAGCUACGAGACCUCACACUGCCCAUUUCCUCCUUCUUCAAUGGCAGUCGCUUCAACCAGAGUAUCCGUGCGCUCUUCUACGACUUGUCGAUUGAAGAUCUCAUGCUUAACUACUUCUGCGUGUCCACGGACAUCGCCAAGUCCCGUAUGAGUGUCCAUCGCAGUGGUCCAGCGUGGAAAUAUGUGCGUGCGUCGAUGAGUCUACAAGGCUAUUUCCCUCCAAUCUCGGAGAACGGCUCGUUGCUACUGGAUGGAGGCUACAUGAACAAUCUUCCUGCUGAUGUCAUGAAGGAGGAAGGAGGCAUCAAGUAUAUUUUCGCCGUGGACGUGGCCAGCGAGUCGUGCACGGAUUGGUACGAUUACGGAAGUGCCUUGUCGGGCUGGUGGCUGCUUUGGAACAAGCUCAAUCCGUUCUCCAAGACAGUGGCGGUGCCGUCUAUGGGUGACGUGUCUGCGGCAUUGGCGUACGUGUCGUCAGAGCAGCACAAAGACCGCAUCAAGGAAGAGUGCGUUGAUCUGUACUUGCGUCCUCCUGUCAAAGACUAUGGCACUCUGGAGUUCAACAAGAAAGAUGAGAUCAUCCAAGUUGGCUACAAGUACGCGUUGCCUCGUGUUAAAGCCUGGAUGGAUCGAGUGCUGGACGCCGAACCUGACGCUGAUAUCAAGCAGACGACUCCUCCGUCCACACCUGCCAAGGUCAGUACGACGUAAGGAGACAACCUUAAAUCUUGUGUGUCUGGAGAAGUAUAAGGACACAAGAGGUUAAUGAAAUUGGACGCCAAGUUUUGAGAGAAA